AUGAACGAUGCAGAUCUAGGCGACAAUAUUGACGACUAUACACAAGAUGUCGACGGCCAACGAUCCAAGGGCGAAGCUGAGCGCCAGAGUGUCAUUGCGGCGGAUCCGGCAGUCCACCUUGAUCCCAGUCGAUGGUGGUUUGCUAGCUCGGCCUUUCCCAUGAUUGCCGGCACACUGGGACCUGUCGCAUCAGCCUUCAGUAUAUGCGCCCUCGUCAAACAAUGGCGGAUGCACAUUAUUCCCGGCUCAGACAUCUCCAGGGCCGAGUUCGUCGCUGAUCCUCCAUGGCUCAUUGGCGUCAACGCCGCACAGCUGGCACUGGCCAUUGUUGCCAAUGUCUUUCUUCUGCUCAACAUGACCAGAAGAGUACGCUUCUCUAUCGCUCAGCCCAUCACCAUCGUCGGUUGGUAUAUAUCUGCCAUCUGCCUUCUAGCCUUGGCCUGCACCGCCGCUGGGCCGCUGAUUGAGCAGCCAGAAAUAGAGUAUGUCUGGUCGCAGGCGUUCUAUUACGGCAUUUUUGCGGCUGUGCUCUACUUUGUCGUGGCCACGCUCAUGUCCAUCACUGUUUGGGGUGCCCAGGUUGGACAUUAUGAAAAGGAUUUUUGCCUGACCACUAGUCAACGUACCCUGAUGCUGCAAACCAUCAUGUUUUUAAUGUACCUCCUGUGUGGCGCCCUUGUAUUUUCACAUAUCGAGAACUGGCAGUAUCUCGAUGCAGUCUACUGGGCCGACGUGACUCUGUUCACUGUGGGCUAUGGUGACUAUUCACCCAUGACUACUCUUGGCCGCGGUCUGCUCAUACCCUAUGCUCUCAUUGGCGUGAUUAGCUUGGGUCUGGUCAUUGGCUCUAUCCGAAGCCUUAUUCUGGAUCGUGGAAAGCGCCGCCUUGACGCUCGCAUGCUGGAGAACAAGAGACGACAGUAUUUGCGCCACCUACGCCGUCGUGGCAAGGACGGAAUCCUCCACCCUAUAGAAGACAAUCCCGGUGAUAGCAACCUCGAAUUAGACGUCAGCCAGAGCCCUCUGACUGAACUUGAACGCCGCGAAAAGGAGUUCCACCUAAUGAGAAAGAUUCAAAAACGAGCCUCGACUAAGAGGAGAUGGAUGGCCUUGGCUGUAUCUGCGUCCACAUGGUUCGUUCUCUGGACCGUUGGUGCAAAGAUCUUCCAAGAAGCGGAAGCACCAUACCAGGGCUGGUCAUACUUUGACGCCUUCUACUUUGCCUUUACUGGACUGACGACCAUUGGCUACGGCGACCUGUCACCCAUUUCGCCUUGUGGCAAAGCCUUUUUCGUCUUUUGGUCUUUGCUGGCGCUGCCCACCAUGACGGUACUCAUCAGUAACGCCGGCGACACUGUCGUGAAAUGGAUUAGGGAUGGUACGCUGAAGCUCGGUAAUCUGACGAUCCUGCCGGGCGAACAUGGCUUUAAGAAAGAAGCCAAGUUGGCGCUGGGAAGACUUUCCUUCGGCACCUUGUACGCAGACAUUGACAUUGAGGAGGAGCCACCAGGUUUCUUUGGCGCUGCUCGAGAUCGUGAUGAGGACGAAGACACAGACAUGGAAGACGGCUCUGUUGCACCAAGGCCUCAUCGUAGAGAUAGGUCAUCAUCUAAUGAAAAGAGCGGCGACGUAGAGGCUCAAAAUUCGUCAAAACCCGCCCAAGGCCCUACCAAGUGCGACACAAAUGACACGACCAAUACAGGCAAACCGACCAGAUCCAUCAAAUUGAGCGAUCCACUUGCACGGCCAGACAGAUCUAAUCGAGGAUUGUCCUCAGAUCGCAAAGCAAAAUCAAGAGACCGGUCGCGGCCAGGGUCGGCACACAGCUCCAGACGAAGCGCGGACUUUGGACUGCCCCGAAGGACAGAUACCACGGAGCGUAAAGACCUCCCACUUGAGCUACCCAAGUCCCGUGCCGAGUACCACCUUGUCCUCAUUGACGAAAUUUCCCGGGUGACCAGACACCUCCAGCACACACCUCCGCGCAAGUACUCGUUCAAAGAAUGGGCGUGGUAUCUGCGUCUCGUAGGCGAGGACGAGAGCAGUGCCGGUACACACAGAAAACCAGCGCGGAAGCCGAGCACCACCGACGCAGUGAAUCUAAGCCGCGUGGCCAUGCACAAGGCAACACGAACCACGACGAACAACUCAAGCAGUGCCGGAGAUCCCAAGGGCGAGCCGAGCGGCAACACGGACAGCACUGACCCCGCAGACGAUAGCUUGAUCAAGUGGAGUUGGGUAGGACACCGCAGUCCGCUCAUGGACAGCAAGGAGGAGGCCGAGUGGAUUCUCGAUCGCCUGGAACGCAAGCUCAAGGCUGAGCUAGCUGCCGUUGUUGAUGAACAGCUCGGUGAGGAGGGUACUCGUGAUGCGAAGCUACAAGAAGCCCAGCAUGACGAAGAGAACUCUCCAAGACAUGAGCCGGUUGAUCUUAGCGGCUGA